AUGGUGCUCCCGUGCAGCGCCCUAGUACACUUUUAUGAGCCUUCUCCUCUCGCCACCAAUGAAGGAUGCCGUCAAACAAAGUGUGCGCGGUUGACGACGGCGGUGGGACUAAAAAUUCGUAUUGAGGAGAAAUACACCUGGAAGCUUUACUCGGAGAGGCUGAUGACCCUCACCGGCGUGUACGGGUUCUGGAAGUACGUCUCCAACCUUGAGAGGCGCGAGACCCGCCGGUACCUCGAGAUGUUGUACGCCCUCAAGUACCGCACCAUGGCCAGCACUGUUCCGUUAGCUGUUGAGGGAGACUCCGCGAGCAAGUGAUCUCCCCACCUCCAUGACGAAAGAAGGGUGGCAUGGAUUCCUGCAAAGAUUGAGAUUUGAGAAUGCUUUGAUUUUCUUCCUAGACGCUGCUCUUUUUAAGAUUCAAGGUCGAGUAGGUGUGCUAGUUUGAUUUAGUAGUUGGAGUGAGUCGAGAGUGAGACAAGAGGAAAAUGUGGUGUGUGCCAGUCAGUUGGUGCUUAUCGUAUUUCUUGGAUGUUACCCUGGAAUAAUAGGAGCGGCCUUGGCGUCGUUUCUGAAAUAAUAAUAGUAGCAUCCUUCCUUCGUUUCCAGAAAAAUAUUUGUCAGCCGCUGAGCUCUGUUACCUGAUAUAAUUACGAGAAGGUGGGAUAAAGAGCUUUUGCUACUUUAUAGUUAACCAAAUGAGCAUUGUUACUUUGGUCUUAAUUAGUCACUAAACUAACUUAGUCCAGGUUUCCAUGUGAUUGUCAAUGAUG